GACCAAACCAAAAUCAAACACAUUCGCUCUCUCUGUAUUCAUCACCUUAUUCUCUGUCAACUUUUUCGUUUUCCCUUUUCAGGGAACCUCUCCCUGCAUCGAUUUCAUUGCCAAACCCCCGAAUCAUUCUGUUUCUUUGCUUUGUAAGUAAAUAAUGGCUGCAACUACAUUUCACCAAGUCAUUGGGACCCUCCAGUCUCAUGGGUAUAUAUGUAAUUCUACCCUUCAUCAGGAAUUUGGAAACACUUCUAUGAGGUCGAUGACAAGAGGUUUUAGAGUUGAAAUUAGACCAUUGAAAAGAGAACGUUAUUGCUCUAGAAAUAAAAGCUGUGGAUCAGUUCAAGCUUCAUCUUCUUCUUAUCAGAUUUCAGCCCAGGAUCCGAUUUCAACCACAUCAAAUGGCACCUUCAAGGACCCUUCUAAGAAUUCAAGUGAAGCUGCUUUGAUAUUGAUUAGGCAUGGCGAGUCUCUUUGGAAUGAGAAGAAUCUAUUCACCGGUUGUGUGGACGUGCCAUUGACGAAGAAGGGCGUGGAGGAAGCUGUUGAAGCUGGUAAGAGGAUAUGCAAUAUACCCAUUGACAUGAUAUAUACUUCUGCCUUGAUUCGUGCACAGAUGACUGCUAUGCUUGCCAUGACUCAACAUCGUCGCAAGAAGGUGCCUAUUGUCAUGCAUGAUGAAAAUGAACAAGCAAAGGCAUGGAGUCAAAUUUUCAGUGAAGAAACUAAAAAGCAGUGUAUACCCGUCGUUACAGCUUGGCAACUAAAUGAAAGAAUGUAUGGGGAACUACAAGGCUUAAAUAAGAAGGAAACCGCAGAUAAAUACGGUAAAGAACAAGUUCACAAGUGGCGACGUAGUUAUGACAUACCUCCACCAAAUGGCGAAAGUUUGGAAAUGUGUGCUGAAAGAGCCGUUGCAUACUUCAAAGAACAAAUUGAACCUCAACUCCGAGCAGGAAAGAAUGUAAUGAUCGCUGCACAUGGGAAUUCCUUGAGGUCUAUCAUCAUGUAUCUCGACAAACUCACUUCCCAAGAGGUUAUAAGCUUGGAACUAUCAACGGGGAUACCUAUGCUUUACAUAGCCAGUGAGGAAAAAUACAUCAGAAGAGGAAGCCCGGCAGCCCCUACUGAGGCAGGCGUCUAUGCUUAUACUAAGAAUUUGGCUCAAUACAGGCAGAAGUUAGAUGAGAUGUGGAAUGAUGCCUAAAUUUCUUGCGAGGAGCGCGUAUUCUUGACGGGUCAGUAUGUGUACAUUUUGCUUUCUAGUAAAGAGAAUGUUGAACCCAAAAGUAGCGAAGGGAGUGUUGUUAGAUACACAUUUUUUUGAAUCUUGAACCCAAAUUUUGUACUGUGUAGAAGAUGAUAUAGUGAUUGAGGU